GUGCUCCGGCCUCUCCAGUGCCUCACCCGGGCCCUGCCCCGCUGCAGAGGGAGCUGGAGGAGGGCUGGCUGUCCCCACAGGGGUCUGCAGACAGCCUGGGCCACCCACAGCAGUGACAUCACCCCUGUCUUCACCAGGGCUUUGGCUUAUGGGGACAAAAUUGCCAUUGUUGACCAAAGUGGUGAGCACACCUACAGGGACCUUCUCAGCCGGAGCCUGUGCUUGUCCCAGGAGAUCUGUAGAGUCCUGGAGUGCUCCAGCAGAGACUUGAAGGAAGAGAGGAUCUCAUUUUUGUGUCCCAAUGAUGCCUCCUAUGUGGUGGCCCAGUGGGCGUCGUGGAUGAGUGGGGGCAUAGCAGUGCCUCUGUACAGGAAACACCCUGUGCAGGAGCUGGAGUAUGUGAUCCAGGAUUCCCAGAGCUCCCUGGUCAUUGCAACUGAGGAAUACAUGGGGAAAAUAGCCCCCAGUGCCAAGAAACUGGGAGUCCCUGUGCUGCCACUCCUCAAGGCUCAUGGUGAUGGACCUGCAAGCUAUGCAGCCCUGGAAGAAGGUCGCUUGACCACCUGCUCCUCGUGGAAGGACAGAGGAGCCAUGAUCAUCUAUACCAGUGGAACAACAGGAAGGCCCAAGGGUGUCCUCAGCACACAUGAGAACGUGCAGGCUGUGACCACGGGGCUGGUUGACAAAUGGGAGUGGAAGAAGGAGGAUGUCAUCCUGCACGUGCUGCCUUUGCACCAUGUCCAUGGGGUGAUCAAUAAGCUGCUGUGCCCUCUGUGGGUGGGAGCGACGUGCAUCAUGUUACCCGAGUUCAGCGCACAGACGGUUUGGAAGAAGCUCCUCAGCCCUGAAGCUCCACGUAUCAGUGUCUUCAUGGCAGUGCCCACUAUCUAUGCCAAGCUGAUGGAGUAUUAUGAUGAGCAUUUCUCCCAGCCACAAGUCCAGGAUUUCAUCCGUGCCUUUUGCCAGGAGAACAUUAGGUUAAUGGUGUCAGGCUCAGCAGCCCUGCCUGUGCCUGUCCUGGAGAAGUGGAAGAGCAUCACUGGGCACACCUUGCUGGAGAGGUAUGGGAUGACUGAGAUUGGGAUGGCGCUUUCUAACCCUUUGCAUGGAGUCCGUGUCCCAGGUUCCGUGGGCACUCCGCUUCCAGGGGUGGAGGUACGCAUUGCCAGUGAGACCUUUAAGAGUGGAGGUCGUUCCUACACCAUCCAUGCUCAGGGGGAUGAACACAGCACACAGGUGACCCCAGGUCUGGAGGGACAGGAAGGGGAGCUGCUUGUGAAGGGACCUUCUGUCUUCCGUGAGUACUGGAACAGACCCAAGGAGACGGCGGAUGCCUUCACGCCUGACGGCUGGUUCAGAACAGGAGACACAGCAGCGUAUCAGGACGGAGUGUACUGGAUCAAGGGUCGCACCUCGGUGGACAUCAUCAAAAACGGGGGGUUCAAAAUCAGCGCCCUGGAGGUGGAGAGGCACCUGCUCGGGCACCCACACAUCACAGACGUGGCUGUGAUUGGGCCCCCAGACAUGGUAUGGGGGCAGAGGGUCAGUGCUGUUGUGCAGCUGCGCAAGGGUGAGAUGCUCUCAGUGAAGGACCUGAAGGACUGGGCCAGGGAGACCAUGGCUCCAUACACCAUCCCAACGGAGCUGAUCGUGGUGGAGGAGAUCCCACGCAACCAGAUGGGCAAAGUGAACAAGAAGGAGCUUCUGCAGCGCUUCUACCCAGCCUAG